GCUAACGGUUCAGACCUGAGGGAGGAAUCCGUGAAUGACUCAACCAUAAAAAGAAGAUGAACUGAAGGAGCUGAAAACAGAGGGACAGUGGGACAGUAAUGGAGGUGAUACAGAGAGGACCUGAGAGCUGCUCUAUCCCAGCUCCACCGUCUCUGGAUAGAAGCAGCAUCUCCAACAAGAGUUCAACACCAAAACAACUUUAGCAUGAUCCGCUAACGCCGCUACCCACACAGCUCCUGGUGCGAUGAGUGCGGAGAUAUAAUGGCCAAAAACAAGGAUGCCCGACCACCGACGUUUGCAGUCAGUGUGGUCGGAUUAUCGGGGACGGAGAAGGAGAAGGGAAACUGCGGAGUCGGAAAAUCGUGUUUGUGUAACCGAUAUGUUCGUCCAGACGCGGAUAACUACUACUCUGAACACACCUCUGUCCUCAGUACGAUAGACUUUGGCGGCAGAGUGGUUAACAAUGAUCACUUCCUGUACUGGGGCGAUGUUUGCCAUAGAGGAGACGAUGGAUUGGACUGUAGGAUUCAAAUCAUCGAGCAAACGGAAUUUAUUGAUGAUCAAACGUUCCUACCGCAUAGGAGCACAAACUUACAGCCGUAUACGAAAAGGGCGGCGGCUACCAAGUUACAAUCCGCGGAAAAACUUAUGUAUAUUUGCACGGAUCAGCUAGGUCUGGAGCAGGACUUUGACCAAAAGCAAAUGCCAGAUGGAAAACUCAACAUUGACGGAUUCAUUUUGUGCAUAGAUGUUAGCAAAGGUUGCAACCGCAAGUUUGACGAUCAGAUGAAAUUCGUGAACAGUCUCUACUCGCAAAUCGCCAAAGCCAAGAAGCCAAUCGUGGUCGCUGCAACGAAAUGCGACGAAUGCGUAGAACAGCAUUUGAGGGAUUUGCAGGUAUUCGUAGCAAGCAAAAACCUACUUCUAAUUGAAACGUCGUCAAAAACAAAUGUAAAUGUUGAGUUGAGUUUCAAUUCGCUGCUACAACAGUUGGACAAAACGCGAGGAAAACCGAAAACUGUUCCGUAUCUGGAAGCGUACAAAGUCCAACGCCAACUGGUCGCCUUGGUAACAGAUCGAUUUGAAAAACUGAUGGUCCAAACUGUACGGGAUUAUCAUACGACGUGGAAAGCAGUGACGAAUAAUCUCAGAGGACAACCGGAUUACGAGGAAUUUAUAACGUUGGAAGGGACACGAAAAGCACGGAAUACGUUCACGAAGCACAUUGCACAACUUAAACAGGAGCACAUUCGGAAAAGAAGGGAGGAAUACUUGACAACACUUCCCAAAACGUUAAAUAACAUGUUGAAUAAUUUGGAUGAAGUUGAGCAUUUGACAUGGCACGAAGCGCAAAGUGUGAUCCGAAACAGGCACGAUUUUCAGUUUUGGUUUUUAAUCUUGGAUCACACUCCUUGGGAUGAAUCAGAUCAUAUUGACAACAGUGAUCGAAGAAUACCAUUCGAUCUACUAGAAACUCCCGAAGCCGAAAGAAUAUACCACAAUCACGUCCAGCAUUUGUUAUCAGAAAAACGAAGAGGCGAAAUGAAAGAACGAUUCAAGAAAACGCUAGAAAGAGUCCAUUUUAUCAGUCCUGGCCAACCGUGGGAGGAAGUUAUGUGCUUUGUAAUGGAAGACGAAGCUUACAAAUACAUAACUGAAAUGGAUAGACGAGACGUGUAUGCAAGACAUCAGCAAGAAAUAGUCGAACGAGCCAAAGAGGAAUUUCAAGAAAUGCUUUUUGAACACGCCGAACUGUUUUACGAUUUAGAUCUUAACGCUACUCCCAGUUGCGAUAAAAUGACGGAAAUUCAUAGCGUUUUGAAUGAGGAGCCCAGAUACAGGGCGCUGCAAAAGCUAGCCCCAGAUAGAGAAUCGCUUUUACUAAAACAUAUCGGAUUCGUCUAUCAUCCGACUAAAGAGACGUGCCUAAGCGGUCAAAAUUGUGUUGAUCUCAAAGUAGAGCAGGUUUUAGCUAACAGAUUGGUUCAGCUAGAUCAUGGUCGCUCAAAUUUGUACUACAACAACCCCAAUGUGGAUAAACUCAACUUGUGUUUAUUGGGAAAGGAAGGACUUGCGCAGGAAUUGGCAAAUGAAAUCCGUGCGCAAUCCACAGAUGACGAAUACACUUUGGAUGGCAAAAUUUACGAACUAGAGCUACUUCCUGUUGAUGUUAAUUCAACUUUGCUUUUUAGUCACACCUGGGUCUCUACCUUCAAACCUCACGGAUGUUUUUGCGUUUUUAACUCAAUUGAAAGCUUAAAUUCCAUCGGGGAUUGUAUCGGAAGAAUCAGAGCAGAAAUUGCCGGGAGUCGAAGAGAUCGUUUUGCUCAACCGUUACCGUUCAUUCUUAUUCUCGCCAAUCAGAGAGACAACAUAUGCAAGAACAUCCCUAUUUUGCGUCACCAAGGCCAGCAGCUAGCUAACAAACUCCAAUGCACCUUUGUUGAUAUUCCCUCUGGGGCAUUUCCGAGAAAAUUUACAGAAUUCCAAAUCAAACAAGGACUGAGAGCGGUUCUAGACAAUAUGAAACACAACUUUGACUUCCUGGCUCCUCUUCCUUCAAUAAAAGACAUGUCCGAAACUGAUCUGCGAAUCGUAAUGUGCGCAAUGUGCUGGGAUCCGUUUAGCGUUGACCUAAUUUUGUCCCCGUUUUUGGAUUCACAUUGCUGUAGCGCCGGUCCAAUCGGUCAAAGCAACUCUCUCAUUCUUGAUAAAAUUCUUGGUGAAACUAGGAGAAGGAUUCAAGUUACAGUUUUGUCAUACCACUCUGCGAUCGGCGUACGGAAAGACGAACUUGUCCACGGAUACAUUUUGGUGUAUUCGGCGAAACGGAAAGCUUCCAUGGCAACUUUGCGAGCUUUUUUAGCUGAGGUCCAAGAUGUAAUUCCUGUUCAAAUGGUUGCUAUAACUGACAGCCAAGCAGACUUUUUUGAAAAUGAUGCAAUUAAAGAACUAAUGACAGAAGGUGAGCACAUUGCCACGGAGAUCGCAGCCAAAUUCACAGCGUUGUACUCUUUGUCGCAGUACCACAGACAAACCGAAGUCUUCACACCAUUUUUCAAUGAAGUCUAUGAGAAAAAGCAAAGCAUUGAAAGUUCGUUCUUGUUUGAUAAUUCGUCCAGAGAAUGCACAACGGGAGCUAGCGAAGACACUUUUCCAACAUCGCCACAUAGCCACUCUCCCGCUUACAACACGUACUAUCCCGACUCGGAUGAUGACAACGAAGCUCCGCCUCCUUACAGCCCAAUCGGAGACGACGUUCAACUUUUACCAACGCCAAGUGAAAGAGCGAAAUAUCGGAUCGACUUAGAAGGUAAUGAAUAUCCUGUCCAUAGCACUCCAGUCGGAGAACAUGAACGCAACCAUAAAGUGCCUCCUCCCGUACGCCCUAAACCAGUUCUGACAAAACCAAAUGUUCGAAAACUUGAUCCAAAUUUACUCAAAACGAUUGAAGCGGGAAUGAGGAGCAACCGGAGAAUGCCUAGACCUCCGCUGGUACACGCUGAUGACGUCGAAACUUCGGAAAACUACGCAGAUCCAGUCGAUACACUAAGAUCCCGAGGGUAUAUCAACGAUGAUAUUUACGCAGUUCCAGAGGACUCACACAGUCGUUUGAUUAAAAUUCGAAACACUUUUGGAGGACUGCAUCACAGCGGAUUGGAAGAGGAGAACGGUUACGAACGGAAAGCGAAUUCAACCGGACGUAGACCUUCAAAAUACAAGCACAGGUCCAAAAUUUUGUUUAGUAAAACAAAAGCGUACCAGAGGAGGUUUCAGUCGGACAGCGAUGGGGAGGAGAGCGGACCAGCCACGCAGAAAAAGAAGAAAGGAAGAGCGCACAGAGGAGGUGAAGAGGAUCCGCUGCUUUCUCCAGCCGAUCCGUGGAAACAGGGAAUCGAUAAUCCGGCCAUAACCUCUGACCCUGAGCAAGAUGACAAGAAGAUGAAGAAGAAAAAGACAGCCAAGACGCCCAAGGAGCCCAAAAAGCCCAAAUCAUCUAAGCCGGCCAAGCCCCUGUACCCGCCCACCCGCAGGACCUGGGACAGUAACUAUUUUGGGGUCCCUCUGGAAAACCUGGUGACUCAGGACCGGCCCAUCCCCCUGUUCAUCGAGAAGUGUGUGGACUACAUCGAGAAAACUGGUUUGACCACAGAAGGCUUGUACAGAGUCAGCGGGAACAAAACGGACCAAGACAAUAUCCAGAAACUGUUCGAUCAAGAUCACAGCAUAGACUUCGUGGCUCUUGACGUGGCUAUAAACGCGGCGGCCGGAGCACUGAAGGCGUUCUUUGCAGAUCUGCCCGACCCCCUGAUCCCCUACAGUCUGCACCCUGAGCUGGUGGAGGCCGCAAAAAUUGUAGACUACAUGGAGAGACUUCUGGUUUUAAGGGAAAUCGUGAAGAAGUUUCCUCCAGUGAAUUACAAUGUGUUUAAAUACAUCAUCACCCACCUCAACAGGGUGAGCCAGCACAGUAAAACCACCCUGAUGACUGCGGAUAACCUCUCCAUCUGCUUCUGGCCCACUCUGAUGCGCCCGGACUUUGAGAACAUGGACACCCUCUCCACCACGAAGCUGAACCAGUCCGUGGUGGAGUGCUUCAUCCUGCAGAGUGAUUAUUUCUUUCACGGAGGAGAAGUGGCCGAGAGCUCGAGCAGCGAAGGGACUCCGCCUCACCACUGUCACAAUAUGGUCGAGGCUCUGCUCCCGCUGCAGCUGCCCCCUCCUCUACAGCCUCAGCAAAUACAGCAUUCUAUACCAACUGAGCCACUCAUAUAAGGGGUAAAACAGGACUGAACCAGGACUGAAGUAGGUCUACAAGAGGACUGAACCAGGAAUGGACCAGGACUGAGCCAGAACUAAACCAAGACUGAACCAGGACAACUGAUACAGCAUUCUAUACCAACUGAGCCGCUUGUAUACAGAUAAACCAGGACUAUAACCGGUCUAAAAGAGGACUGAACCAGGACUGAACCAGGACUAAACCUUAAUCUCUGCAGCCUCAGCAAAAAUCCAACAUUCUAUACCAACUAAACCACUCAUGUAAUAUCAUAGGGCCAAGACUUAACCGGGACUAGACCAGUCCUAAACCAGGGCACACCACCAACCACCAAAUGCAUUAAUAAAAGUACUACAGGUUUAAGGUAGCCCAGCUUUAAUCUUCUAGGAUUAAAGAAAGGACUAGACCUGGACUAAAUAAGGGACUAAACCGGAUGAAGCCUCUACUGUAGACUCAGCAAAUCCAGCGUUCAAUACACACCAGGACUAAACCGGGACUAAAACUGGACUGGGCCAAGAAAAAGGUCUAAACUAAAACUUGUGCAGAAAUGAACCAGGACUGAACCGGGACUGAACAAGCACACACCACUAACUAACUAAAAUGCAUUAAUACUAGAAUACUAUUAUUUUAAGAUAGCCUAACUAACCACUAGUAAACCAGGACUAAGCUAAGACUAUCCCAGGAUCUAAAGGACUAAACCAGAACUAAACCAGUACUAAACAAGAAGCAACACUCCCCUCCGUCAUGAAUGCACAAUAAAUAUCAACAGAAAAUGAGAUAUUCUUUGAAAUGUCUAACAAAACAGCUCCUUCACUCCUCACUGCAACUUUGUCAACAACUUUGGACUGGACAGAUCCUGAAAUUUACUCAAUUUAAGACAUUUCUCUGGUCUGGUGACAUCCCGAUCACCAUCUUUGCCAAAUGAUCCUGGAUUUGAGAACUUUGUCGUCGAAAUCAGAAUGACUUUUUGGAAAUUUGGAACUUGAACUUUUCCGAAUGGUAAAUCUUUGGCACAUAACGUUGACACUAAAGUUAAAUCAUUCUGAGCAGGGUUUUGUGGACUUAACCGAGACUGUUUUGAAAAGCACACAACUGUACUGUGUUCUCCCUGCAAGAAAUGGGAUCGAAAGGGAUUAAAAACUUCAAAUUGUUCAACGGAUAUUUUAAAAUUCCGGGUUGAUUCUUGGAUUUGAGUCUUCCCUGCUUUUUUGCUUCAACUUCUGCAAAUUCUGACCCAAAAAAUCAAAAUUAAACUGGGUCAUAGCCAUGUUUUGUUCCUCCACUGUGACUUUAAGCAUAUAGACAAGGAUUUAUUACAAACUUAAAAUGAAAAAAGUGGAUUAUUUUUAAUUUUUGGAGGUGUUUUUUUGAAGGUGGAAUAGAGACUGAUGUACCUCCACCGCUGUGAACUGCGCCCGCUCCUGGACAGCACAUGCACGCUCGGUGUCCAAGGUCCUUCGCGAUGAUUUCAGUUUUAUUUUUUGUUUAUUUUUAAUGUUUUUGUAUUUUUGUCGCCGUGUGAUGGAGAUGAGUGGUUAUUCGUCUGUAAGUUCCAUGUUUAAGAUUUGAGAAGCUUUGAAAGUGGUGAAAAUUUUAAAAGAUUAAACUAAUUGUAGCCAAGAAAUUGAUGCAAAAAUAUAAUCGCCAACUAAAAAACCUCAGAUGAUAAAAAUGAGGAGUUCAGUUGUUCACAGCGAGUUUGUGCAAAGGAAAAGGUUUAAGAAUUUAAGAAACGUGGAAUUUUGAGAAACAAAUUUAAUACGUGCCAUAAAAACACUACAUUAUUUGGAAUAAAGAAUGAGUUUAAAUAGAGCCAGUAAUGAAAUGCUAACUUUAAAAAUCAAUUUUAAAGGGCUCUGGUCUGUUAUAAUUUUGUUUCCUCAUCAGAAACAUUUUGAGUUCCAAAUCCUUCAUAUUUAGGAUAAGUUCUUCUCUCAAACAGAAAACACUCCACCUUAAUGCGAUGUGAUAAUACAGGAAGUGCUUCACUGUGUUUUUAAACUCCAUUUACCUUCCCUAGGAUCAUUUGUAUGAUUUCAGCCCUGGAAUUGCCCAUCUAGUCCUUAAAUUUAGGGUCCUUGAAACUGAUUUAAAUUAGAUGUCUUAUUUCAAAUUUAAAAUGAAAUGUAGACUAGGAUUAAUAAUAAAUAAAUAAAUAAAUAACCCAAAUAAAUAAAUAAAUGACCCAAACUCGCUGUGAGCAACUGAAAACUCUGAAGUCGAACUGUGUGAUCCCUGCGUGAACCACUAGGAGGCGCUGCGUUCUUCCUCCCUGUUUUUCUGCAUGUCUGUUUUAGUGCAACUUUUAACAAGAAAAAAACAAAAAUAAUAUGAACUUGUAAAGGAUUUUAUCAGGAGCCCGGUGAGAAACGGGCUCAAACCUCACCUUUUAUUUCUGUCAGAAAUCAUCAUAUUUUUGGUUAAAAUAGUUUGUUUUUCCUAUAGACAGAUAUAUAUAUGAGUAAAGCUAUAUAAAUCUUAACUUGUAGUGGGGUACUCAACAAUACGCUUUGGGACAAUGUUUGUGAGUGAAUGAAUGAGCAAAGAAUAUUAAAGGCACUGUACCUGAUUUUUACCGUCUUAAAAACCUGGAAAACGGAAAUAGUGCAUUUUAAACAGUUUGCAGUGGUCCAAAGUUAUUCCUCUUACCUUAUGCAUUCCAAGCAACCUAAGUAUUCUCCAUGAUGUAUAAGAGCUUUUCACAACUCUUAGAGACCAGUGCAGAGUUUUGCCAUCACUGUAAUGCUAAAAAAAACAACUAGCAUGCUAACUAAUCCUUGCACUUCCUGAUUAUCGAACAAUAAAAUCUUUUAUAGUUAGAUGCAGACAGUGCACAGAGGACUUAUUUUGACCUCAAGAGCUGCUUAUACAAUAUAUCUGUAGUGGGACAAGGCACAUUUUGGGCAAAUACAUUGAAAAAAAAAAUCUGGUACAGGGCCUUUAUGUAAUUUUCAUCAAAAACACUUACAUUUUCUAUAUUUUACUUUGCUCUGUAACCUUCUAAUGUAGAUUCUUCCUCAAAAAUGUACAUGAAAUUUUUGUGUUUUAUCAAAAUCUAUUCUUUGAUUUGUCAAAUUGCCAAUCGUCUUGAAAGGAUUUUAAAAUAUUUUUGGUAACUUAGUGUCUAACUUAACUUUUUUAAUUUAAGUGUUUUUGAUGAAAAGCAGUUUGGAUAUUUUCUGUCUAAUACAAAAUAUGUAACUAAAAUGUGAGAGUUUUUAAAAUUUAGUUGCAGUUUUUACAGAAAAUUACCCAAAUGCAUUUCAGUGACUGUGCAGUCUGGGCACUUUUCAAUCUCCAUAUCACAAAAUCAAACUUAUAUUUUCUUAAUGUUGAUUUUGUACCAGUUCAGUCUUGAUCUAGUCCAGGUCCAGAUUGAUUGGUACUAAACCAGGACUACAUCAAAACUAGACUUGGGUCUCAUAAAAUCCUUGAAUUUUUGUUUUUAAUUUGGGGUUUGAAAAGUGCAAUUCUGCCAUGUUUGUGUGAGUGAACUGAAACUUGUACAAAUCUGAAAUUGAGUUAGGCCUAUAAUUUUUAGUUUUUCUGGACAUUUAGAGGUGUCUCAGAAAAGGGUUGUGGGUUCAAUGCUGCUCCAACUUCGCUCAUGUCUCAUGUGCCAUCGACGCUGUAACUCUGGACUGUAAACACCACACGCUCUCCAUAACGUUUCAAAUAAAGGUUCUUUUUCCUAAA